AUGGCAUUCCCACAAACCAUGCGAGACUUAAUGCUUGAGCCCCUGUCAGACCUCAAUGUGGGCCCCCACCAUACCCGAAGCUCCGCUAUUCAUCCAAUCAGGUACGUCGGAGAGCUUGGCCUAUGGGCCAUGUUCAAGUCCGACGUAUCACGAACGUUCAACGCCACACAAUGGAGCCAAUUACCGAUACUACCACUUCUAUCGAACAAUCCACUCAGGAACGAGCAUAGCCACUGCGGCGACGAGCACAGCGUACAGGCUCGAGUUCACGCUAGAGUUGGGCACAGUUUAAGCUUAGAUGCGCAAUAUCAAGGCUUAGAUCUCUCGUUUGGAGACUUCAAAUGCGUGCCGACAGCCUAUACCAAGGUACCAGACUUUAUCUUCUGGAGACCCUCAAGCUCUGUUGCUCUAGUUGCAGGAGAGGUUAAAGCCCCCUGGAUCAGGCGGCAUGACCUGGCUAGAGACGUGGGAGACGCCUUGUCUGUCUCAAGUGAUGCCCUUCGGGAUUACCUUGGCCAGAUUGCUGAGUACAUGCACGAUCUUGGACUCAAAUACGGCGUCCUCACUACGUACAGCCAGACGAUUUUUCUCCGCCAAGUUGUUCAUAACAUGAGAUGGAAGUUAGAAUUUUCGCCGGCGAUCAAGAACACUGAUAUGUUUCAGCCUCCUUCAUCGGCUACCUUAAAUGAUUACGCCUAG